AAAAGCUACAAAAGGUUGUUAUCGUUAAAAUAGUUCCUUCGUUUGCGUAUUCACAUAUCAAGUGUAUGUACUCCGCCCUUGUGCGAUUUCACCACUUAUCCUGACACAAGGUGGAGGAAAAGGAGCAAUUUUUAACUGACUGACCCACGGGAUUUCUGACCCAUCCCUCGGGGUUUUAACGAACCCUAUCGGGACAAACGACCAUGGACCUGCUAUAUGAAAGUGACCAUAACAUUUGCGACUUGGAAGACCCAGAUAUGGGCGAAAUUUUGGAUCAUGACGCUUUUCAAUCCCCCUCAUCAACAAGCUCAGAAGGCGGCUACAUGGAUGAUUGGUUAAACAGUUUGUUUGAAGACCCAGUCCUCAACGACAAGAUGAUCACAGAAGCAGUUCCGUCACCAAGGAUACAGUCGGAACAUAGCUAUUCCAUCAACAAUGAAAUACCCCAAUCACCUCUUGGACUCCCAAACAUGGACUCGAAUGUGGAAGACCUGGACUCAACAUUCUUCAGUACAACCCAGGCCCUGGAUCUAAGCAGUAGUAAAACAGCAAGCGUCUCUGCAGUAGCCACGAGUCAGUCCAUAUCAGCACUCAAGUCUGAGCCUGUCGAGCUUGCUGACCCGAUGCUCACCACGGUAACGACCAUGACAACCCGAACCUCGACGACGACACGGCAACCAACGAUUAUACUUGCUACUACAUCCUCAUCAGCGUCGAAGAUCCAAUAUACAACUGGUUCUGCGACGCCCGUCAUCACCCAGGCAGCUCAAUCUGUACUCGCACCCACGGUCACUAUCAAAGCUGAGCCAUUUGACCUCAUGGAUAAUCAGAUGGAACAGACAGUAAACAUGGACUCCCUAAUGAUGCCGCCAACGCCACCUAGCAGUGCAUCCAGCGACAGUGACGGCAGUCUUAGUCCAUCACGUUCAGCUCCUUCUAGUCCAGUCCGUCAGCUGCCAUACGCCAGACAUCCCUCACCAUCAUCUAAAACAUUCUCCCAGCCCAUCUUCACUAACCCUAUCCCUCAGUCAGGCAUAUUACUACUAACAGAAGAAGAGAAGAGAACACUUGUAUCGGAGGGGUACCCGAUACCAGGAAAACUUCCACUCACAAAGCAAGAAGAAAAAAAUUUAAAGAAAAUCAGACGGAAAAUUAAAAACAAAAUUUCAGCACAAGAAAGCAGACGGAAGAAAAAAGAAUAUUUGGAGCAGCUUGAAAAACGAGUCGAAGCAUUUUCUCAGGAAAAUAAUGAUCUGAAAAAGAAAGUAAAUUCCUUGGAACACAACAAUCAGUCAUUACUAGGCCAGCUGCACAAGUUACAGUCACUGGUCGGCAAGGUGGCGCGUCCAGCAACCUCCCAGACUGGCGGAACAGUAUUGAUGGUGUUGGUUCUAUGUUUCGCGGUGUUCCUUGGUGGAUGGAAUCCUUCCUCUUUAAAUGUGGGUUAUUCUUCUGGUUCUCAUGCCAUGCACACUGCAGCUUUCUUCGGUAAUCCUCGCAUGAUGCAGCCAUCCCCACGGAUGGGUCCACCCUUGCAGGAUGCCAAGGUGGACGCUUACUCCACUCCGAAUAUGAAAUCAAGAGUGCUAUUAUCUUUGCGAGAAGAAAGCGAAGACUCAACAUGGUAUGAACCAUAUGCUCCACACGCCAUGCGUGACCAUGAGUAUCAGGAGGAUGUGCAGGAUGAUAAGGACACCAUAGUGACCAACCCAGCACUCAUGGACGUAACCUCCACUGAGGAGUCAAAGGUCAUGGAGAUGGUUACUGUGGAUCAUCGCGUCCACCAACCAAACAAUACAGAAAAAACACAGGAACAAGCCCUGCUUCAUCCUGAUAUCCAAGCUACAGCAGGGUUUCACUCACAGGUUGAAAACAUUGUGGAAACAUCCUAGAGAAUGUAAGACCUCCAAGAAAGUGGAAAGCCUUAUGGGCAGGACUGAAAAAAGAAAAAAUCUUUUGUGGAGUGAAUUAAGAUAUGAACCUGCUUAUGUGUAUGUUGUAAGAAUUUAAUUGGCUAAUUGCUAAAGCCCCAAUGACACCGAAGUGUGUAUUGAGGUGAAGGACAUUGCUUGAUGCUAUCAGACGUUGUUUGAGAGGGGAAUUAUAUGAAACUUACUAGUGCUUCGUUUAAGAUGACUGGAGAUACAUGAGGACAAUAUCGUUGCGAGAUUGUAUCUCUCUGGGUGUAUAUACAAUUAUGUUCUUGAAAAGAAUGUGGACUCAUUGUUGUUAUUAAUUAUUAUUUUUAUUCAACAACUGAAAAUGAAAUUUUCAGCUGACUAUUUUUUUUUAUUAUUAUUAUUAUCAUGAAAAGUCAUUUUGGGAACUUUUUUCAAGUUGAUGGACCAAUUUUGACACGUCAUUUACGCCAUUGUUCAUUUCAUUGUCUUUUUGAAGACUGUGGAUUAUGAAGAUGUUUUUUUUCUUUUCUCGUAGACCCUAUAAAUUACGAAGCUUUUUCCUCAUCAUCUUUUAAUUCUUUGAUCUCUUCUUUAUCAUCAAAAUCAUUGUAUUGUUCUUACCUGUGUCAGUUACACAGAAUUGUGUCCCUGGAAUCCUGACCUUACGAAAGUCAUAUAUGAAAAAAAAAUUGCCCGUAUUUUGUCUCAUGAUUUUUUUUUUUUUUUUAUAAAAAAAUUAAACAAAAAAAACCCAAAAAAAUAUGAAAAUAUUGAAUGUGUUCCUUAUCAUAGAUUUACGGAGAUGCCUAAAUGAUGCACCUUGACAGCAAGUUUGAUGUAAAAUAGGGAUAUCUCCAUAUCAGUUCAGUAUAUUAGUGGUGCUUCCUGACCACAUUUUGUAUAAUUUGCGAAUGUUAACCUGAAUCUCGAUUCAUUCCAUGAAAUGCCUCGUAUAAGGUUCUUUUCACAAAUGAUAAAAAAAAAAAAAAAAUAAAAAAAAAGCAGGGGGUAAAAAAGAAUAGUCAGCAUUUAUAGGAUGCACUUUUUGGUCUCUAUAUUUGGAGCUCUUCUACCGCCAUAUUAUCAUUUUAAAGUGUUCUUGUGUAAAUUCAAAAGUUGCUGUAUAUCUGGAUAAAUAUGUACACACUUAUGCAUGUUAUUUUCUUGUGAUAAUCUUGUUUUUGUUUGUAUGUGUAAAAUUCAGAAAUGUUCAGUUCAGGUUGUCACAUAGAUACGAAUUGAAAUAUUUCAGAAAAAUCACUUUUCUUGUUAAAAAUUAUUAAAAGGUAUUUCAGUCAUGUGUUGAUUCAAUCUUGGUUACAGAAAAAGUAUUUUUUUUUUUAAUUAUUUAUUUUUGGUUUUAUAUGGAAUUAAGUUCUAUUUUAUUAUUUUUUUUUUUUUGUUGAAAAAUAUCUUUUUCAUGUCAUUAUGACCAAGUUUCCAUUCUUGGAUGAUUUUGUUAUUGGAGAAUCGGAGAAUUUGUUUGGCUGCGCCUUAUUCUGUUAAGAAGUGGUUAUUUUAUCUUGUUGAAGGAGAUGUUUUUGUGCACGUGACUGUGAUAUAUAUAAAAAAAGAAACAGUUGUUAUUUCAUUGGUGAAGUUGAGAUGCAUGUGAAAGAUAUGAAACCCUGAAUGAAAUUUACCUACAGCAGAUAGGAUCAAUCAUGUUGAAUAUAUUAGCUGGAACCCCAAUAAUGAAUAUACUGUAAGGUCAUUAAUUUUGGUGGGAGUUUUAUUUUUGUUGAAUUCAUGGACACUGAAAAUCCAUCAAUUUAUGUGACAAUUAAUGUGUCAAUAAAAUUAUAAAUGGAUAAAAGUUGAUAUGUAUUAUAACAUAAGCAAAUUUGGUGGGCAGGACUAAAACCACGAAAACAAGUGCCAUCGAAAAUUUACAAUUUUGGAAGUCCACAAAAUUUGAGCCCCACAAAAAUGUAUGAUUUUACAGUACGUUUUUCAAUAUGCCCGAGAAUAUUUCUGAUUUUCGUUUUGUGUUUGUUUAUCCCUUGCAGAUAAGUAGUUUGCAAGUGCUGUCUGUUUAUUGUUUACUGUGUACACUUAUAUAUAUAUAUUGUUGUAUAGAAUCCAUGUAAGGUAAACAUGGACUUCUUGGCAAGUCGGCAAGAGUGCAUUUCAUGUGACUAAAAGAUGUUUGUAGAUUAUUCAUCUUCCCUGGCUCUCUCAUUCUUUUAUUUAUUCAUGUAGCAGUAGUUUUUAUCUCCCUUUGGUCGACACUAGUCAUCUCUGUACAUACUGAUAUAGAAAUUGCAGUGUCACUGUCUGUAACAUGCAACAAGUAGAAUAGUACAACACCUGAUCUUUCCUCUACAUCCAGAAAUUUUCCAUAUAUUUUUUGAGGAGCCUUUUCAUCAUCAAUCAUAAUAUCUAUAUUAGAUCGUUGUUAACAUUUUAGAAAUGUUACAGGUUACACACAGUGACAGUUGCUUUGAGGCUGAUAUUGCUAUCCAGGUUUAUGAUAGAAAUGAAAACCUUAGCUACUUUGGUUGUGGGUAAAAACCAUGAUGUAAGCCAAAUUUUUAAUGUAUUUUUUUACCAAGGAAAUUUUUCCUUGUGAGACCGUGGGGCAUAAUUGUAAAUAAACACAACACAAUCAUGUGAAUGAAGAAUUAAAUAAUAUAUUGCUCUAUAUAUAUAUCAUUAAAGACUCAAGAAUUAAAAAAA